AUGUCGCGGCUACUAAGACUUGUCCCCAGGCAACUGGCCGCCGGGCAGUCUGUUCCCAUACUGCUACGGGCAUCGCCACGACUGCCAAGCUUCCAUGCCGUCCGGCUCCCCCGGACAUACCGUGUCGGUGCUGUCGGCUCGCUGAGGUCGUUCAAUCAUAACGCGCGGCUCCUAUCAUCCCACAACCCAUCUGAGCAACCAGAGAAGAAGGAUGAUAGCCAAAGCAGCAUCAAGCCUAACAAGCCCACCCCAUCCGAUGCAGCAACGCCAGCAGAAGCAAGAGAGUUGCCUUUGCUAGAAGGACAUGUGCGUAUCACAAAGGAAGAGGCCGACUCACUACGUGACCUGGCCUCUGAUAUGGACGAAGCGGGAAGACAAAAUUUCCACAGAUGGGUCGACGUAUGGGAGCAACGCGGCGCACCCGAGGUUGCCAAGGAUUUUGCACAGAAGCACCUAGGUCCCGGGCUAGGCUUUAUGGAUGGUUUAUAUCUGGUUGACGUGCUCCGUGAGCACAGUAAGCCACCGCCGGAGGAUCUUUUUGCUGUCCGAAUCAAUGAAACAAGCGACAAGAACGCUCCAGCUACUGAGAAGUCCCAGGAGAGCCAAGAAAGCCAGGGUUCACAGCAAUCGAGCUCUCCCGAAGACCUGGUCAAAGGCUGGGUGCAGGUCAGCGAGGAGGAAAAGCAGGCCUUCUUGGCCAUCGUGGAGAUGCUCCCAAAGAAUCAGCAAGCAAGCAUGAAAGUCUUUGCAGAAUGUGCCCAGAAGCAUGGUGUCCCCCCUGCAAUGAAGGAGUUGAUUCAGAAGCACAUGAAAUCCGGAAUCAACUUUAUGGAUCUUACAAUGUUGGGAAGGGCCUACCUGGACGUUUCUCGCCUGCCGGAAAGCGAGAAGGCGAAGCUCGACAAGACUGUGCAAAACGCAUCCAACCUAUUUUCUUCAAACCCGCCGCCAGGAGGCCAACGAGGUCCUAGUUCUGGCGACAGUCAAGAAAAGAAGGGCAGAGGAAGCCCGCCACCGCAGCCUGACUGGAAGUCUUCAGCAGUGAUUCUUGGCUUUAUUGCGCUGUGGAUGCUCACUAGUGACUCCCAAGGCGGUAAGGAGAUCACAUGGCAGGAGUUCCGCAGCCAGUACCUCGACAAGGGUUUGGUGCAGAAGCUCACUGUUUCGGGCGACACCGUUAGGGUCGACCUCAACCCUGAUGCGGCCCGGGCUACAAGCGGUGAGAUGCUGACGCCGCGCGUCUACUUCUCUAUUGGGUCCAGGGACUCGUUUGAGCGCAAGAUCGAAGAAGCACAGGCAGAGCUUGGGAUCCCACCCUCGGAGCAGAUUCCAAUCAGCUAUGAGAGGCCGUCCAUGAUCGGAAGCCUCAUAAUGAGCUUUGCCCCAACACUGUUGCUGGUCGGGCUUUUGGCCUGGAUCUCUAGGCGUGGUGUCGGAGGCGGCGGUGGGAACCCGUUCAAGUUCGGAAAGAGCUUGGCCAAGCCCUACACCCACGAGUCCGCCGUCAAGGUCAAGUUUGCCGACGUGGCCGGCGCAGACGAGGCCAAACAAGAAAUUGUCGAGUUUGUGAGCUUCCUCAAGACACCAGAAAAAUUCGUUCGGUUGGGCGCCAAGAUCCCGCGUGGUGCCAUCCUGUCUGGUCCUCCGGGAACAGGUAAGACGCUCCUUGCCAAGGCUACGGCCGGUGAGUCAGGGGUGCCCUUCUUCAGCGUCAGUGGUUCAGAGUUCGUCGAAAUGUUUGUUGGUGUUGGUGCGUCUCGUGUGCGAGACCUGUUCAAGGAGGCGCGCAAACACGCCCCUUGCAUCAUCUUCAUCGACGAAAUCGACGCCAUCGGCAAGGCGCGUGACUCGGGUGCCCGCUUUGGUGGCAAUGACGAGCGCGAGGCCACGCUGAACCAGAUUUUGACCGAGAUGGACGGUUUCAACAGCAAUGAGCAGGUCGUUGUGCUCGCCGGUACCAACAGACCCGACAUUCUGGAUAAGGCCCUGAUGCGACCUGGUCGAUUCGAUAGGCACAUCCACAUUGACCGGCCGACCAUGAAGGGCCGUGCCGACAUUUUUAAGGUGCACCUGGCUCGGAUUCUUACAAAGGAGGAUUUUGAAUACCUGUGCGGCCGCCUUGCUGCUCUGACGCCGGGCUUUGCUGGUGCCGACAUUGCCAACGUCGUUAAUGAAGCUGCACUAGUCGCUGCGAGAGACAACGCAGAGAGCGUCACAAUGGUGCACUUCGAGCGCGCCAUUGAGCGAGUUAUCGGCGGCCUGGAGCGUAAAUCCCUGGUUCUUGGUCCCGAAGAGAAGCGCACGGUGGCAUACCACGAGGCCGGUCACGCCGUAUGUGGAUGGUAUUUCCAAUGGGCAGACCCUCUCCUCAAGGUUUCCAUCAUCCCUCGCGGCUCGGGUGCUUUGGGUUACGCGCAGUACCUGCCUUCGGGCGAUGCAUACCUGAUGACUGUUAACCAGCUUAUGGAUCGCAUGGCUAUGACUCUCGGGGGGCGCGUUUCGGAGGAGCUGCACUUCCCGACUGUGACGACCGGUGCGUCGGACGAUUUCAAGAAGGUCACACAGAUGGCAACCACCAUGGUGACGCAGUGGGGUAUGUCGGAAAAGCUCGGCCCGCUGCACUUCAACCAGGACCCGAACCAGAUUCAGAAGCCGUUCGCCGAGUCGACCGCUCAGACGAUCGACGCCGAGGUGCGACGGAUUGUGGAUGAGGCCUACAAGAAGUGCCGCGACCUGCUGACGGAGAAGAAGGCCGAGAUCGGCAUCAUCGCCGAGGAGCUGCUCCGACGUGAGCAGCUGACCAGGGAUGAUAUCGUAAGGUUGCUGGGACCCAGACAGUGGCCUGACAAGGAGGAGUUCUCAAAGUACUUUGACGGCACAAACGGCGGCAAGUCGCCGUUACCUACGGGCGAGAACCUCAGGGACCCGCCGGCACCCCCGUCGCCCCCGGCUCCCGAGGGUGGGGAAGGGCCGGUGCAGCCUGCUGCGUUCAAGGCGAUUGAGGACAGGAGGUAA